CGUGAUAGGUAAGCCAGUACACUGAGAGAGAGAGUGACCGAGUCACUGAGUGAGCGAACCGCCAUGGAUCUACAGCAGCAGAACGCAAGAGCUCCACAGCCUCGCCGCGGCGGCGGUUUCUCGGCCCAGUCGUCUUUCCUCUUCCAUCUAAUGGUCAUUUUGUUUGUGCUAGAAGCCUUUCUGCACCAAGUCCCGGAAGGUCAUGUUGGGGUUUAUUGGAGAGGAGAUACUCUUCUUAAGACUGUUACAUAUCCGGGGGUUCAUCUCAAGUUGCCUAUGAUAUACUUUGAACCUAUUCAAGUGACCCUUCAGACUCAUCAGUUUUGUGAUAUUCCAUGCGGUACAAAAGAUGAUGUCAUGAUUAACAUUGAGAAGAUAGAGGUUGUUAACCGGCUUCGCAAAGAAUACGUGUAUGAGACAUUAAGGAGUUAUGGGACUCAGUAUUACUGCUCAUAUACGUGUGUCGUCGUGCGUAGAGAGAUCAGUAAGCUCUGCGGCUCACAUUCUAUUGAAGAGGUUUUUGAUCAGAUUGAUGAAAAGCUGAGAGAAGCUCUUCACGAUGAUAGUGCGCAUUAUGCUCCCGGCAUUGAAAUCAUCAGCGUGCGUGUCACAAGGCCUACUAUCCCAGAUAGUGUAAGACGCGGAACACACCAAGGUACCAAAACUGUAUGGGAGACAUGUGAAAACUGAGGCGACGGAAGGACGUGCAGAAGAAUAGGGAGAUGUGUUAACAUACUCUGUACACACAAAAUAGGGAGAGAGGAUAUGAUCUAGUUCAGUAGCCAAAUGCUUCAGUUGUUUUGAUAGAUGCAAACUCUACAUUACCUUGCAUUAGAAAGGAUGAAUUGAGAACAAGUUUAUGAAUGUAUGAUUUUGUACA